GAUCUUGGUUUGAUUUUUGCCCCCCUCCACCCCUCCCCCCGAGAGAGAGAGAGGGAGGGAGGGGGAAAAAAGGGAUCCCUCGCGAUGGCCGCGAGCGCAGACUCGGCGAGCGGGAUCCCAAGCCGGGGCGGCUGGAGUUUGCGGGAGGACAAGCCCGCCCCGGCCGCGGUCGCCGCGAGAGCAGCGGCGGUAGAGGGAGCCUUCGGGGCCGGCUGCAACGGCUGCUGCGCCUUAGCCGGGGCGAAGGAAGCGAAGCAGAGCGGCGGCCCGCGGGGAGGAGGCUCCGGCGGCGAGCGCGCGUCGCCCCGGACUUGCACGGCGAGCAAACUUCCCUGGGUUUUGGGCGCCGGGUCGGUGGCGCUGCUGCUGGCCUGGGGGAUCCGCCUGGGGCCGGGCGGCGCCCGAGGAAGAGGGCGAGAGGACGCGGCCGAGCGCGGCGAAGGGGCCCCCCCGGGUGGGCACGGCUGGGCCCCGCUGCCCGGCCCCGCGCCGUGCUGCUGCUGCCUCCUCCUGGCCACCUCCUUCUGGCUGGGGCUGGAGCUCCUGCGCGCCGGGGUCCGCCUGCGCACGGCCGCCCUGCUCCUCGCCGUCUGCUGCGGCGGGGAAGCGCUCGCGCACGUGGGCUUGGCGCCGGGGGAGGACCGCCUGCUCGCCUUCUCCGCCACCGGGGUGGUGCUCAGCAGCCUGGCCGGCUGGGCAUGGCUGCUGCUGCCCCGGCUGCGUCUCGGCGUCCUCAUGCUCGCCCUGGCUAGCGUCCUGCGGCUCACCUCGCUCGUCUCCUUGGAGGGCGUCCGGGCGCCGUGGAGACCUUACCUGGCUUACCUCCUCGGCUUGCUGGGCAUCCUUCUGGCAGGCUGCACGCGGCACGCUUCGUCGGGCCGCCCCUCCGGAAAGCGGGAGGAGGAAAGCGGAGCAGGGGCGGAAGGAGUGGAUUCGGCUGCCGCCGCCGCCGCCCGGCCGGCCAAGGAAGAGGCGCCGGGGUUGAAGAGGAGGCGACGGUCCAGCUCCGUGAUCUCCGCCGAGAUGGCUGGUUGCGGCAGUAAGAGCCACCGCAGGACCUCUCUGCCUUGCAUCCCGCGCGAGCAGAUCAUGGGACAUUCUGAAUGGGAUCACAAACGAGGACCAAGAGGAUCUCAGUCUUCGGGCACCAGUAUUACAGUAGAUAUUGCCGUCAUGGGAGAAGCGCAUGGACUCAUUACUGACCUUCUAGCAGAUCCUUCUUUACCACCCAACGUCUGCACCUCACUCCGAGCAGUGAGCAACCUGCUUAGUACACAGUUGACCUUCCAAGCUAUUCAUAGACCGAGGGUCAGUGCAUUGGCAUCAUUCAAUGAAAAUUACACCUGUUCGGACACAGAGGAAUGUUCGGAGAAGGGAGAAAAACUUACUAUUCCCAAGCGCUUCCGGAAGAGCCUGCCACCAGGUCUUCUACGGCGAGUGUCAUCCACUUGGACAACAACUACAUCUGCCACCGGUUUACCCACCUUGGAGCCCGCUCCAGUAAGAAGGGACCGCAGUGCGAGCAUCAAACUUCAUGAUACUUCAUCAUCCAGCUCUGAUUCAUGGAACAAUUCUUUUCUGAUGACUCUCACCAAAAGCAGAUCGUUCUCAGCCUCCUAUGCAUUGUCUGCUGCCAACCAUCUGAAUUCCAAGCGGCCAAGCCGACAAGGUAUCCCCCCAAAUAUCUCACCUCUUGUUUCUCCAAGCCAUUCACCCAUCCAGGGUACACCAGCCAAUAGUCCUGUCAGCAGAACCCCAGGAGAACCAUUUCCAGAGUCAACCGUCCUGGCCACUACACAAGCCAUCAAGCCCCACAGGCUCUUAGGUUGCACUCAGAGCGCCCCUAACCUAUCAGAGCCUGUGGAAGGCACCUCCGUCAUUUGCAGUAGCUGCGGCAGACCUUACAGCCAAACAGACUCCAGAGAAGGAACGUUGGAUAGGAAUGACGGUGCGGCGCAUACCUUGACCAGGACAGAUGAUCCUGCACAGGCCACUUCCGACUAUGAGACCAAUAACAGCGAUAGCAGUGACACUGUGCAGAAUGAGGACGAGACAGACUGUGCCAAGGAGCAAACACAGGCGGGCCCGCUCUGCAGGACGUAUGCCCCCGAGACAAUCCUCUUGCAUCCUUUGCUGCCUGUGGAGGACAAGCCUAUCCUUGCCCCCGAGCCUCUAAUAAUGGACAAUUUGGACCCGCUAAUGGAGCAACUAAACAGUUGGAAUUUCCCGAUCUUUGAUUUGGUAGACAAGACUGGCAAGAGAUGUGGUCGGAUUUUAAGUCAGGUAUCCUACAGGCUCUUUGAGGACAUGGGCCUCUUUGAAACUUUUAAAAUUCCUAUGCGAGAGUUUAUGAACUAUUUCCAUGCCUUAGAGUGUGGAUAUCGAGAGAUACCUUAUCAUAACAGGAUUCAUGCCACUGAUGUCCUCCAUGCUGUCUGGUACCUUUCAUCCCAGCCCAUUCCAGGCCUGCCAACUAUGAUUAAUGACCAUGGGUCAGCCAGUGAUUCAGAUUCAGAUAGUGGGAUCACUCACGGCCACCUGGGAUACGUGUUGUCAAAAACCUACAUGCCAACAGAUGACAGUUAUGGGUGCUUGGCUGGCAACAUCCCAUCACUUGAACUGAUGGCCCUCUAUGUAGCGGCUGCCAUGCAUGACUAUGAUCAUCCUGGGAGGACCAAUGCCUUCUUGGUGGCAACCAGUGCUCCUCAGGCUGUCCUGUAUAAUGACCGUUCUGUUCUGGAGAACCAUCAUGCUGCUGCUGCAUGGAACCUUUUCAUGUCCAGGCCAGAAUACAACUUCUUAGUCCAUCUUGAUCAUGUGGAGUUCAAGCACUUCCGAUUCCUUGUCAUUGAGGCCAUUUUGGCCACUGAUCUGAAGAAGCACUUUGAUUUUGUAGCUAAAUUCAACGCCAAGGUGAAUGACGAUGUGGGCAUUGAUUGGACAAACGAGAACGACCGAUUAUUGGUUUGUCAGAUGUGCAUCAAACUGGCCGAUAUCAAUGGCCCAGCCAAAUGCAAAGAAUUACAUCUACAGUGGACAGAGGGCAUUGUCAAUGAAUUUUACGAACAGGGUGAUGAAGAAGCCAGCUUAGGUCUCCCCAUCAGCCCAUUCAUGGACCGUUCUGCUCCGCAGUUAGCAAAACUCCAGGAAUCCUUCAUCACUCACAUUGUGGGACCACUGUGCAACUCCUAUGACUCAGCAGGACUGAUGCCAGGUAAAUGGACUGAGGAUAACGAUGAGUCAGGAGAUACAGAUGAACAGGAAGAAGAUUCAGCAGACAUGGACUCCUGUGUCAACCAUGAACCAAGAAAGAAAAGGAGGAAAGUCUACUGCCAGAUAACUCAGCACCUGCUGCAGAACCAUCAAAUGUGGAAGAAGGUCAUUGAAGAGGAAGAGAGGAGAGCUGGGAAGGACAAGCAGAGUGGGGAGCCUUCAAUGCCACUGCUCCAGUCCUCUGAACAAAUAGAGGCCAUUGAGGAGGAGGAGGAGGAGAAAGGAAAGGCCAAAGAGGAAGAAGAUAACACAACUCCAGAAACAAACCAGUGACACUGACAGGAAUUUUGCGCAGUAUUUGACGCAAGGACAUCUUGCAUACCAGUUGUUUUUACAAGCCAGCACAACGUUUAGACACAACACUGUAGAAAUACGGGGUAAUUCACCUACAGCUGUUUAAGUCUUUCUCCUUUCCUUCCUUCCUUCCUUCCUUCCUUCCUUCCUUCCUUCCUUCCUUCCUUCCUUCCUUCCUUCCUUCCUUCCUUCCUUCCUUCCCUCCCUCCCUCCCUCCCUCCCUCCCUCCCUCCCUUUCUGUGAGGUACAUUGCUUUCACAGUUCAACACCCAUUUUUACA